AUGGCAAUCCUUCUGACUGGGGGCACGGGCAAAACAUCGAUCCGAGUAGCGCGCUUCCUCCACAAUGAAAAUAUCCCCUUCGUACUGGCUUCCCGUCGUGGCCAGUCCGCUGCUCCUCCGGACAUGCCGGCGGUCAAGUUCAACUGGCUAGAGAAGGAUACCUGGCGCAUUCCAUUCGACUACAAGUUUGCCAAUGAUCAGGUAAUCUCCGCCAUCUAUCUGAUGGAACCACAGGCGCCGGAGCCAUGGAAGCCCUUGAAUGAGUUCAUCGACUACGCGCGGGAGAAGCAUGGCGUCCGUCGCUUCGUCCUCGUGGCUGGUAGCUCGGCCGAAUGUGGGAAGCCGGGCAUGGGCAUGGUUUGGCAACAUUUUCUGGACAGACAGGUGGAUUAUUGCAUCGUGCUGAUGUUUGCUCGCUGGUCAGAGAAUCUAACUGAGGAUGGUCCGCGCCAACUCAUCCGUGAUCAAGGCAAGAUCUAUACGGCCUGCGGGCAGGGCAAAAUCCCGUUCGUCAGCGCUACGGAUAUCGCGGCCGUCGCCUAUCGCGCUCUGACGGAUCCCGACUCACACAACUGUGACCACCGGGUGCUGGGACCCGAGCUCUUGACGUACGACGACAUUGCCGAGAAGCUAAGCAGUGUCCUGGGGCGAACGAUCGAGCACGUCAAACUUUCAGGAGAAUCGCGGUACCCCCUAGGGACUGAUAAACGCGGGGGUCUCCCAGUACUAUGCGGGCUUCUUGACAAAGCUGGAGGUUGCGGCCUCGACUGGGUUCGAGACACGGGAGAAUGA